AAGUGGAGGGUAACACCGGAAGUCAACAUCGAGGGGAGAAAUUCAAACAUGGCAGCCUCCGUGGAGAGACGUGCCAACCCAUUAAGUGGCGUAAUUUAAAAGUUCAAUGUAGUAUUUUGUUGAUAUUUAUACUAGCGAAAAUGUCGGCGUCGCUCGUUGCAGCGUCCGUCCGCAAGGUCAGACCACCGCUCUCCCGGUACGCGACGCUGUCCACCAACCAGCCCGACAAUGGGUCACCUUCACCGGCCGAGACCCCCGCCGAGCCGAGAGCCCGGAAGGACCCCGCCGACCGCUCCGUGCUCCUCUUCCCCGGUCAAGGCAGCCAGUUCGUGGGCAUGGGUCGCGGGCUUCUGCGCUAUCCCAACGUCAGGGAGAUGUUCGAGACGGCCCGGAAGAUCCUCGGAUACGACCUGCUGUCUUUGUGCCUGAACGGCCCCGAGGAGGAGCUCGUGAAGACGGUCCACUGCCAGCCGGCGGUCUUUGUCACCUCAAUGGCGGCCGUGGAGAAACUCAACCACCAAAACCCCAAAGCCAUCGAGACGUGCGUCGCCGCCGCCGGCUUCAGCGUGGGCGAGUUCGCCGCGCUGGUCUUCUCCGGCGCCAUGAGCUUCGCCGAAGCUCUGUACGCGGUGAAGGUGCGCGCCGAGGCCAUGCAGCGGGCGUCGGAGCUGGCGCCCGGCGGGAUGCUGUCGGUGGUGGGGGGCGCUCAGGCUCAGUACAAACACGCCUGCCUGCUGGCCAGAGAGCACUGCCGGGCGUCGGGCGCGGACGAGCCCGUCUGCUCCGUGGCCACGUACCUCUUUCCCGACGGCAGGGUGAUCGCGGGGCACCGCCCGGCGCUGGACUUCCUGCGGCAGAACGCCCGGCGCUUCCGCUUCCUCAGGUGCAAAAUGCUGCCCGUCGGCGGGGCCUUCCACACCGAGCUCAUGAGCGCCGCCGUCGAGCCCCUCGAAGAGGUUCUGCGGCAGCUGGAGGUGCGUCGCCCCGAGAUCAGCGUGUACUCCAACGUGGACGGCAAGCGCUACAUGAGCGAGGCCCACGUGCGGCGCCAGCUGACGCGCCAGCUGACGGCGCCCGUCAAGUGGGAGCAGACGCUGCACGAGAUGUUCGAGCGGGCGCGCGGCGAGCGCUUCCCGCGCGCUUACGAGGUGGGGCCGGGCCGGCAGCUGGGCGCCACGCUGCAGCGGUGCAACCGAAAGGCCUUCGACGGCUACGCGCACGUCCACCCCGCCGCUGACGACCAACCGUGACGCCGAAGGUCCCGGCUGGGGGGGCCACGCGCCGGCGCCGACGGCCCGUCUGGACUCCCGUGUUUGCUCCACCAUGGCGUCGUCUGCAAAGACGCCAGAGAUGCAAAGCGCGAUCGCCGCCGCCGCGCGUGCGCGCGUAACAUUCACAAACAGGCUGUGUCAACACGGAACCCGGCGGGCGUCGUUAUCGCCCAUCCUGACCAAACAGGCUCGUCGAGAAAGGUGACAUCGCUCGCUGGCUCGAGCGCGAACGUCGUCGGUCACCCACCCGCACGAAUCACACUCAAAACGCUAUGAUUUUAUUUUUACGAUUUAUAAAGAUAAGCAGGUUUUCUCAGGCCGUACGCUAAUCAUUUUCCGUACGUGCACCUGCCCUCCGAGCACUUCCUGUCAGUUGAUGCAAAUUGUCAAUUUCCAUAACUCGACUGCUCCCCGUAGGCCUCAUCCUUGUAGAAAAAUAUCCGUGUGAUUAUUCUUUUUUUUUUUAUCUCAUCACUGCUAUCAUAACAGCAUAGAAAUAACAAUUUGGUGUCUUACUGGUCAUCUAAACUUUGUGUAUUGUCACAACAAAGAGAUGAAGUCGUCACUGGUGUAAACGAAGGUCAUAUUCAAGAUCAUACACACGCCACAUUAAACAUUAAAAUUAAUUUGUACCAAAUGAGAGUGUUUUUGUUUGUUUGUUUUUUUUUUUUUUUCAAAAUCAUAAGUGAGUGAAAAU